CAAAUCCAUUUUUAUCUUUUUUGUUUCUUUCUGAUUUGACCCAAAAUGUUGAAAUACCAGUGCACCAGCCCUUAAGCUUUGAUUUCAAAGCUUGAUCAGCGCAUUUUUACAACCAUAAAGGUGGAAAGGUAAGCAAUAUUGGGUUGGUUUGGUUAUUGCAAAUGCGUUCUUCAUUGAGAAUCAACUCUAUGAAAAUCUUUGCACCUUUCUUUUUUGGGGGCUAUCUUUCAUUAUGGAAUUGAGGAACCUGGUAAUGGUUAAUUUUCCACAAAUGCAUGAUCUUGUUGGUUUUGGAUGUUCUUGAAUGGUAACUUUCAUAAAGACAGGAAGUAUGGAGAUGACCCAUCAAAGACUUCGUACACAGUUUAGUAAUCUGGCAUUCAAUGUCAAGCUCACUGCGGCUUUUGUUACAAAAGAAGAAUUUUUUGAAGAUAUAUGAUGGAGGCUAGAGAGUGUUUAUAGGUGCAUCAUGGGAUGAGUUUUUAUAUAGAACAAGUUUUUUGUGUUUAGUAUUAUGUACUUCAAUUUGGAGAAGCAGAUUUUUAAUUACUUGUCAUCAAGGAUCUAAAGCUUGAAAGCCAGAGAAUGCUCAUAUGUGAAGCCUCAAAUGAAGUAAACUCCUUUUGAGACCAUGACUAGUGAGGCUCCUGGUACUUCUGGUCAACAGUUCUGCAAAGAUACAAUAAAUCAUGAUCGAAGUAACAAAAGUGCUGCAGAUGACAAUGAAAAUCAUAUUUGUGCACAGACUGGUGAGGAAUUUUCAGCGGAGUUUCUGCAGGAUCGUAUUUCACAAAGAAGAUUGGCCCCAGUAGUGACUGGCGUUGAUCAGCGCCAGUCGAAAAGAGUGGGUUUUAAUUUAAAUAAAAACCAUAAGCUUGUUUAUGAGGAUCUCGCUGGUGUUGUUGGGAUAAGGAGAAUAGAUUCUGACUGCAGUUCAGAAUUCUCAGAUUUUAGUCCAGUGGCUGCUACAGGCUUUGUGGCUGACAUAGAGAAAAAUGUUUAUCCUAGUAACAUAAGCAGAUACCACUGGGAAUAUGGUGCUAUUGGGCAAGUAUCAGGUAAGUUUUCGGAUGAAGUUAAUCGUGAUCGGGUUAUUGGAAAACCAACUACUCCACCUCUUUAUGUACUGGAAUCCCCUCAGUCAUACCAUCCUUAUGGUCAAGUAUUUUCUGAAGGUUCUUUCUCUUUCAAAAUGAAAUUUCUCUGCAGCUUUGGGGGAAGAAUAUUACCAAGGCCAAAUGAUGGGAAGCUCAGAUAUGUGGGUGGAGAUACACGGAUUUUAUCUAUUCGCAAAGGCACCAAUUUGGAGGAACUAAUGAAUAAGACUUUUGCAAUUUGUAACCAACCUCACACUAUUAAGUACCAACUUCCUGGUGAGGAUCUUGAUGCACUUGUAUCUGUGUGUUCGGAUGAGGACCUUCAUCAUAUGAUAGAGGAAUAUCUUGAGCUAGAAAGAACUUCUCAAAGAUUGCGGAUCUUUCUUGUUCCUUUAAAUGAAACUGAGAGCCCAAGUUCUGUGGAAGCAAGGGUAACGCAUCCAAUUGGUGCCGACUCCCAAUUUGUUUUUGCUGUUAAUGGCAUGCUAGACCCAAGUCCUCGGAAAAGUUCCAGUGGGCAAAGUUUGGCCAGUCAGACUAGCCAGUUUGGAAAUACCUCGGAUUAUAGUCCAACUUUUCGUAGAGAAUCUCCUACAGCCACAUAUUUAGAGACCAAAGAUUAUAGUCCCAGUUCCUCAAAUGUGGUGGGAACAUUAACUAAACCUGCUCCUCAGUUCCUAGCCACUCUUCAGAUCCCAAAGAAGUCUUUUAAUCACUCCCCUCCCAUAUCUCCUGUUCCACUACAACAUAGAGAUCCCAAGAGUUCUAAUGUGCAGUUUUAUUUGGAUCGACCAUAUUGUGAUGGUAACGGAGGCAUUGCUCCUUCUGUUAUGGAAAAACUUCCAUGUGACAAUACCUAUUAUCUGGAUGCUGUGGGCUAUAAUGAAAAUCUUCAUCAUGGGCCUCCAGUGUUGAAUUACCAUCAUCAUAACAAAUACUUGGCUGAAACUUCCCGGACAAGAAAGUCCCAGAAUGUGCACUCCCACAAUCGUAGCUUUAGUGAGAAUUCUGUGCCUUCUCCAAAGUAUGGUCAAGGUGGUAUGAACUCUGAGAGACUUGUGCCUCUGGAAAAGGCCCUACAUUCUGAAAAGUCUGUUUCUCAUCCUACAGUGGGAUUAUUUUCAGGGUCUGCUGAUAGAGAUGCUUCUCAUCACAGAAUAAUGCAUGCAGUACUUUCUGACUCUCAGUUGCAGGAACAUGUUCAGAGGUCCUCAGAAGGAGAAGUUAUCUCAGUGUCCUCAUUGAAAUGCAGAAGAGCAAAAUCACCUUCACUGAAGAUGCAAAGAUCCUCGCAAGAAUGGCCUGUGCAACAGGAAGACAUGGUUGAUGGGAAACAUGAAAUGGUUGAAUACAGUAAUCAAUUCACAAUCAGGAAACCUGACCAAUGUAAGGAGGAACAAGGUCUGGGGAUGUUGAACCUGACAGACAGGAAUGACACUUGUGCUGAUAAAAACUGGAACAACUUUGAAGGAAGUGUUGAUGAUAUAUCAAAUGAUACUGUCAUGGAAUUUAAGAAGGUUAAAAAUGUGAACUGCCUGAGCAGUGUUUCCUUAUCUUCAGAUGAUUCACAAUUCCCCAGAGGUGGGGUUUCUGGUUUACCAAUUUCUGAAAAUGAAGGUUCUAAAGAUACUAUGGGUCGCCAAGGCUACGAAUUUGACACAACUUCUCAGUUUUUUCUUAGGAGCCAAAGUUGUACAAGGGAUCAGCAGUGUGCUACAACUGAGAGACUAAGUGUGACACCAGGGAUCAGCAGGGUUGCCACUCAGGAAUUCUUAGAUAAAUUGGCUACAAGUGCUGCUUCAGACGGAGAAUAUUCUCCCCUUGACAAGGACCCUGUGAAUUAUCCUGAGUAUGUGGUCGAAAACGUAGGUCUUAGCAGACAGUCUUCUGAGGUAACCAAGUGUGACGAUGCUAUCCCUGUCCAGUCACAGUGCUUGGAUAAUCAUCAUGACAACAAGGCGACGGAAUCAGUAGUUGUUGAGGACUUAACUAAUAGUACACCACCAGGUAUCCCCUCCUCUAAAGUGGCCUAUCAUGUCUCAAAUAUAGAAGAUGAGGACAGUGAUGAAUGUUCGUCUCCUAGAGAAAUAGACACAGGAAGUACAGCUCCAGAAUCUGAUGACAAGGGUGUGACAGCUGAUGGCAAUCAUAGGCAUGAAACUAUUAGCGAUGUUGCAAUAGCUGAAAUGGAAGCGGGCAUCUAUGGUUUGCAGAUCAUAAAGAAUGAUGAUCUCGAAGAACUGCAAGAGUUAGGAUCUGGUACAUAUGGAACUGUCUAUCAUGGGAAGUGGAGAGGAACAGAUGUUGCUAUUAAAAGAAUAAAAAAGAGCUGUUUCUCCGGCAGAUCAUCGGAGCAAGAGCGACUGACUAAAGACUUCUGGAGAGAGGCAAAGAUUCUGUCCACCCUUCACCAUCCAAAUGUUGUAGCAUUUUAUGGGGUGGUGCCUGAUGGGCCUGGGGCAACAUUGGCAACUGUAGCUGAAUUUAUGGUGAAUGGAUCACUGAGACAUGUCCUAAUAAGGAAGGAUAGAGUGCUUGAUCGUCGAAAGAGGCUCAUAAUCUUAAUGGACGCAGCUUUUGGCAUGGAGUAUUUGCAUUUGAAAAAUAUUGUCCACUUUGAUUUGAAGUGUGACAAUUUGCUUGUUAAUCUGAGGGAUCCUGAACGUCCCAUAUGCAAGGUUGGAGAUUUUGGGUUGUCAAGAAUCAAACGCAACACACUAGUAUCUGGUGGCGUACGAGGAACCCUUCCGUGGAUGGCACCAGAAUUAUUAAAUGGAAGCAGUAACCGGGUCUCCGAGAAGGUUGAUGUUUACUCAUUUGGUAUUGUAAUGUGGGAGAUCCUGACUGGGGAGGAACCGUAUGCUAACAUGCACUGCGGUGCUAUCAUAGGGGGAAUUGUAAAUAACACACUGAGGCCUCCUAUUCCAAAGCGUUGUGAUUCUGAGUGGAAAAUUUUAAUGGAACAGUGCUGGUCACCGGAUCCUGCUGAUCGCCCGUCAUUCACAGAGAUUACACACAGGCUGCGUGAUAUGUCAACGGCACUCCAGAAAAAGCGCCCUAAUCUUGCAAGUAGAUGAAACUUAAAUCCCUCAUGUAAGUCAGACUCACUAACAUAGAAACAGUUUCAACACUUAGUAUAAUUAAUAUUCCUGUAAAUUUUGAUCUUCAUAGACUGAAUACAUGAAUGAAAUCUAUAAAUUUUUCCA